AUGGCGUUGGGGUGCUCACGAGUAAAGUCCGCGGCAUUACAGAACUCGAGAGAACGAGCGCCAAAACUCUGGUGUGAAUUGUUUGGUACAUUUGGCGCAGAGGACUACGCAAAGUCAAGAAUAACGGGACGCUGGAAAUCCUCCUCCACCUCGGCGAUCCCUCGGAGAAGUCACACACCCCCGCCAGCGCCGAGUCCUCGCAGUAGCCCACAACGUAGAGCAAAUCCCCGGCCGUGGCACACGCCAGCUGAAAGAAGCCCAGCCGCGAUCCAAAGCUCAGCGGGCACAGCUCGCUCGUCGCCGUCACCUCCACCCACGCAUCCCUCUUCCUCUCCAAAAACUUGUAAACCCGGAUGCACAGCCGGUCCGACUCGCACGACGCCGCCACCAAGUGAAGAUAGCCGUGGAACUCCACGAUCACCGCGUCCUCGGCCCGCUCAAACGGGAACAUACUGUACUCCUCCCAGAACCCCUCCGCGGCGUCGAAUCCCAGCAGCACGAUCCGGUACUCGAUCUGCUCAAACCCAUACGGAUCCACCCCCGCGUCGAUCUCGUCCUCCACCAGCACGAAGAACUUCUCGUCCCGGACCGAGCACGCGUACUUGGAGUCCCUCGAGUCGCGCAGCUUUGGAUGCCCCUCGCCAACCUCCUCCCAGUCGCAGUCGGUCGGGCAGUAGAGCCGCGUCCCCCAGCCGUCGCAGCUCGACGCCACCAGCAAGUGGUGGCACCGCGAGUGGGACGCAUCGUCGCCCAGGAACGUCCACACCACCGGCGUCACCGGCUCGCGGGAGCGCGGGUAUCCCGAGUAGGCCACCGUUCGCUUCCUCCUCGUGAUCGGGCUAAACACGUCGAUCAACAGGUCCCUGCACGGCUCCUGCAUCACGUAAACCAGCCCGCCGGUGCUCGAGACCACCGUCCAGCGAGGUCCCGAGUGGUUCUUCACCAGGAAGUCGAGAGGGACGCUGUACCACCUAUCCGUUUCCGGGUCGUAGGCAUGGAGGUCGUCCUUCACUGUGUCGUCCAGUGUCGUGGAGACGAACAGCCACGGAGGUUGCGACGACACUGCCUGCUCGAAGUGAGGGGACUCGAUCAGCUUCUGCCAGCGCUUGCACACUGUUCUAGCACGGACCACCCCUGCCCACGGUAGCCGCUCAAAAACACGUACCCAGACAUCGUCGGGAACAUAUGAUUGACAAGCCAUUGACGACGAGCUAGCGACUUCUUCUUCUUUGAAGACUUCACCAUACUCGAGCUCUCGGGCAGCACUUGUCCCUGUCCCUGUAUCUCCUCCUUGUCCUGUUUUUUCCACUUCCA